AUGGAUGACGGGUCGGCCCGGAGAAUCAGAGUAGCCGUCGUGGUCGCGGCGAGCAGCGCCGGCCACUCCGGCGCCGCGUCGGCAACAUGGGAGCAUGUCCACCGCCACUUCGCGGUCGCAGCGCUGUUUGUCGCCCAAAACGCCGCUGAUCCCUCUGGCGGGCCAAAGAUCGACUCGCAUGUCGAUUUCGACGCGACGGGCGCAUGGAGGCAUCACGUCUCCAUGCGCCCGUCAAGUCGGAACCAGUCUGCGGCGACCACAGCGCUCACCGCAGGGAUCGGCGAGCUUUUCAUAGUCAAGCGAUUGCGCGAAAUCCCACAGUGGCUGCCGCGCACCCGCGCGCCCGCGUCGCUGCGCGACUACGAACUGCACCAGCUGGGCUCGAACCAACGACCAAAACGUCCCCGACCCGAACGCUGGACCAACUAG